UUAAAUUGAUGUAUCUACAUAAAAAUGUCAUCAAUAUGACCUUUAAGAAGAGGCUCUUAAUACUUCCUUCAACUCUGUGAGAGACACAUCGACUGACGUGUCAUCCAGCGGUGGAGCCACGAGUCAAAAACAAACAUCAGAAAUGUUAAAAUUCAGCUCCAGGCAUGUCCUGGACAAAGAACAUACAGUGAUGUUGUGUAAAUUUGUAGAGACUCAGUGGCAGAAACCGGUUUUCUGUCUAUGAAGACAUGUUUGGUAAAACUUUAGAUGUAACUUCGACAUCAGGUUAGAAGCUGUUGCUGUGUCUGAUGUAACGCUGAUACUUCCUUGAGUAUAGUGCUGGUAAGUUCCACAUUAGUAAUGGUGAUCGCUUCCCUCGAAGAGAGCACAUGUGAACACAAUUCACUGGUGAUGUAAACACAGAUCCUAAUUUAACCGCAGUGCUAUGCUACAUCAGGAUUUUUGCAAGUUGAAGCUGCUUCAAACUGUUCACAUGGCUUUCAUUGGUCUCAGCCUGAUGGGUUUAAGGAUGAGAGUCAAACAGCAAGCACUGAUCAAUGUUGAGGCUUCCGCCUCCAUCUCUCCAUCUCUGGGAUCGACAACCAAUGCCAACUUGACCGUCCGCUAAAACUCCGCUUUGCAGCUUUUGUAAAUGUUGAGGCAGUAUAGCCGUCAUAGGGUUUUAGUGAGAAAAAUACUAUGAGGCCUAUGCUAUGACUUUGAAAGGUUGUGGCUAUUUUUGGCCUUUCAAAAAUCAAAAGCACAAGAGGAGACAUGGAGGCAUACCUCUAUGAUAACUUCAGUAUUUUUGAUUUGUAAAUUCAACAUUCAGUUAUCGUUUUUAUCUAGGACUGCUAUUUGUGUUCAUGAAACAAGAGAGCGUGGUGCUCUGAAUAACCCAACAGAUUUACUCUCUUUUACUUGCUCUUUGUCGCUACGAGUGACAUUUUAUAUUUCAUAUUUAUACCUAUGAACACACACUUUUUUCAGUCUGGUCAGUAAAAUUCAUUUAUAUAGGUAAAAUGAGUCACUUCAAAAAUGUUUUCAAUUAAGCAACUGAUCUUUAUCAAGAAUCCCAAUGCAGGGUAAUUACUCCAGACAUGCUCUUCACCUUCCACAUCAUCAUUUGAAACCAGAUCAGUUAAUUUGCCUCAGAGCAUUGGCCAAAAACAGUAAGAGUUGAAAAAGAGUUAUUAGCUGUUAUAAGUCAAACAAUUCUCACAUUCGUAGCCAUAGUCGUACCAACUGCUGGCAUAUAAUAGCAUAAGAGUGUCUGAAAGUUAGCAAGUCCUGAUUUAGUUGCCGGCUUAUGACGAGAUACAUUUUUUCCAAAGGAAAAAAAAAUAUGUUAAUGUCCUCAGACUCUUACAUUAUAGUGUGAUUUAAGGGAGUACUCAAUCAAAAGCCAAGGCUCUACAUUAAAUGCCAGCAGGCUUUCUCAUGCAUUCACAGAGGGACUUCCAAACAUAAUUUCCAUCCGAUCAGUCUUUAACAAGAAAAAUGAAUAUGAAAUAAAAUACAGUUGUUUACGUGAUCCUCGGUGUCACUACGUGUCUCUGCUCGAAAGGUGGCUGUGCGUUACAUCAUUUGCCUUGGAGCAUGUUUGUCACAGACCAGCAAAACAUGUGGUGACUUUUCAUUGGUUGAGCUUUGUUAAUGAACAAACAUUCUUAGCUGAGAAGCACAUAUAUAUUGAAGUUGCAUCAGUUGGAAAGUCAAAACACUCCUGACUUGAGUUGAAGUUCUGUGGACCUGAGAGCUACUGAAAACUGAAGGUAAAUACAGCAUCUUUUUUUAACUCUUUAUUCAGACCCACAGACUGAACAGCAUCUGUUUCUAACUACUCACGGACCAUUUCACAGUCUUUUUGUAUGUUCUGAUGUUUCCUUUCAGAAAAUGAAGAUCCAAAUUCUCCUGCUGGCCUGUGCUUUUGUGGCAGCGAUCAGUGCCGCACCAUCAGGAGAUGAUUCUGCUAAACCCAAAGCCAUCAAUGAUGAGGUUAAAGCUGAAGUGCCAAAGCCAAAUUUGGAUGUCGCUGAAGUGAAGGAUGAGGAUUCUGAAGAUGAUGAGCCCGACAUGGACGAGGAUUCCAAGGAUGAUGAGCCCAACAUGGACGAGGAUUCCGAAGGUGAUGAGCCCGACAUGGACGAGGAUUCCAAGGAUGAUGAGCCCGACAUGGACGAGGAUUCCGAAGGUGAUGAGCCCGACAUGGACGAGGAUUCCGAAGGUGAUGAGCCCGACAUGGACGAGGAUUCCAAGGAUGAUGAGCCCGACAUGGACGAGGAUUCCGAAGGUGAUGAGCCCGACAUGGACGAGGAUUCCGAAGGUGAUGAGCCCGACAUGGACGAGGAUUCCGAAGGUGAUGAGCCCGACAUGGACGAGGAUUCCAAGGAUGAUGAGCCCGACAUGGACGAGGAUUCCGAAGGUGAUGAGCCCGACAUGGACGAGGAUUCCGAAGGUGAUGAGCCCGACAUGGACGAGGAUUCCGAAGGUGAUGAGCCCGACAUGGACGAGGAUUCCGAAGGUGAUGAGCCCGACAUGGACGAGGAUUCCGAAGGUGAUGAGCCCGACAUGGACGAGGAUUCCGAAGGUGAUGAGCCCGACAUGGAUGAGGAUUCCGAAGGUGAUGAGUCCGUGAAUGGUGAGCUCAAGAAAGAUGAGCCCAAGAAAGAUGAGCCCAAGAAGGAUGAGCCCAAGAAGGAUGAGCCCAAGAAGGAUGAGCCCAAGAAGGAUGAGCCCAAGAAGGAUGAGGCUGAGCCUAAGCCUCUUAAGUAAACACCUGAAAUGGCAGAAUCCUUCACAACUUCUUUCCUCCCUCCGACUAACAACUGAUCUUCAGCAUCACAGGUGUCAACAUGAUGACCACAUUAUGUACAAUAAACAGCAUUAACACAUUAAAACCAACGGAGGCGAUGUCUUACAAUGAUGGGACCAAAUAAAAGCUUUUCCCGUGAUAAAAUGAAAUAUUUUCCUGAGUGUCAUUAUUAGUAUUUUCUUGUGCUUUUUACUUUUUUUGUGUUUGUCUGUGUGAGUAUUAUAACAUCCAAAACCCCUAAAAGGUAGCAUUUUCUGUGUCUUUGCUGUAUUUUGAUUACCACAAUGCUGACAUUGAUCCAAAAUGUAUUCUAAUAAGUGUCUAU